AUGGGUCAACGUCCAGUUGUGGUUAAUAUGGCAGUCAAGAUGAAGAACCAAGGCAGACCAAGUCCAGUGGUGCAAUUUGAGUGGCAACAAGUUGAUCUCCAAGUAAAACUAGAGGUAGUCCUCAAGGCCUACAAUGAAGCAAAGCUUGAGAUAGCUUCUAAAGAUAACACCAUUGCAGAGCUGAAAGAUAAAUUGGAAGGACAAUAUCAAAAGGCAAUUGUUUAUAUAAACAUGAAAAGAAUAUUGACUCUUUUGGAUUCUUUGAAAGAAGAUAAGGCUACUUUGGAGCCAAUUUUGGAUAAGUGGACUGCUAGAGAGGUGAGCUUAGAGUCCAUAUAUUCUUUAUCCCAGGAAGUAGGUGUUGAUGAUUCUAUCAAAUCUACUUAUGAAUUAGUAAAAGGAAAGCUAUUAGGACAUAUUGUUUCUAAGGAAGGAGUUAGGAUUGACCCUAAGAGAAUUAAGGCUAUUAACAAUGUGCCUCAACCAAAGAAUGUUAAAGGAAUUCAGUCCUUCUUGGGUAAGGUGAUUUUUGUUAGAUGGUUUAUAGCCAACUUUGUCAAUAUUGUUAAGCCCGUUGUUAAGCUACUGAAAAAGGAUGCUAAGUUUUCUUGGGAUGAGGAAGUAGCACAGGCCUUUGACAAGAUUAAAAGGGCUAUUCAGGAAGCUGUAGUGCUAAAAUCUCUUGACUACAGUAAGCCUUUUUCACUGUUUUCCUUUUCUUAUUACCAUACAAUAGCAACAGUUUUGCUUUAUAAGGAUGAUGAAGGGCCUUACCUUGUAAAUGCAAGAGUAGUUGCUUAUGUCCCACAUGCAGUUGUUAAAGAUAUUUUAUCCCAGUCUGAAGUUAUUGGUAAAAGGUGCAUGUGGAUAAAUAGGACACAGGAGUUUGAUCUUGAGAUCAAGAUCACAAAAUUGGUAAGAGGAAUAGAGCUUGCCAAACUAAUGACUGAAUCAAAUCUUGUUAACAUUCACAUUAACAAUGUUGAAACUGAAGAGGUUAUGGUCACUAGUAUUGAAAUGCAGCCAUGGUAUUCAGAGAUUGUUCAUGUCUGA